AUGUCCAGUCCCCUGGAGCAGGCACUGGCUGUGAUGGUCACCACCUUCCACAAGUACUCUGGUCAAGAAGGGGACAAGUUCAAGCUGAGUAAGGGGGAGAUGAAAGAACUUCUGGAGAAGGAGCUGCCCAGCUUCGUGGGGGAGAAGGUGGAUGAGGAGGGGCUGAAGAAGCUGAUGAGUGACCUUGAUGAGAACAGUGACCAGCAGAUGGACUUCCAGGAGUAUGCUGUAUUUCUGGCCCUUGUUAGCACCAUGUGCAAUGAAUUCUUCCAGGGCCACCCAGACCAGUCCUGA